AUGCAAGUCGCAUCCUCCCCGACGGAAAAUUCCGGCACGAAAUCUUGGAAUCUUGAGGAGGCUAUAACACAGCUAGAAAAUGUCGCGUAUCUUCCGAAAAGCCAGAGACAUACAGAUGUUGCAGGACUUGCAAAGACAAUUGCGACUUUGGCCUAUGAAUCUGGGAUCGGGCCCAAUCUUCUGGAUAGGCUCACUGCCGUUAUUGUGAAAUCCAAACACCUGGACCAGAACACGGUGACUACUCUCGUCAAAAAUUUAUAUCCAUCUGAGAAGGUUACAUCCGGAAUUAUUGCUAGAGUCGUCUGCUCCCUAGGACCCACCAAAACCAAGCCAUCACCUGGUACCCAGAGUUUACUGCUUAGAUGGCUGAUUCUCGUUUACGAUGAUCUGGAUGAUCAGUCCUACUUGUCGAAGCUCUACGCAGUCCUCUUCGAUAAUCUGGAUAUGAUCAGUUUGAGGCGCUCACUUUGUCACCUACUCUCCCUGAUAACGCGAAGAAAACAUGUCAAGCCAUAUCGCAUACAGGCGCUUAUGGAAUUGAUACGAAAUGCAGGCGAUGAAACAAGAGAACUUUUGGGAUUGCUACAUGUCUUCAAAAGUUAUUACCCUGAGAUAAUUGUAGGCGAAAUUGGCUUCGGGAGGCGAAGAGCAACGUACUUCUUCAAGCACCCAGAUGCUGAAUGGACUGCACAUUUGCGAAACUUACAGGAAAAGGCCGCAAGCUCUGCAAGGGGUAUUGGCAAACAAACUUUCCAGAUUGUUCGACGUGAGGGAGUAAAGAGAAGCCGCAUCGAGGUUGUUAUCCCUUCCGUGCAGACUUCUAAGGUCCAUCAUGGAUUUGCCUCGCUGGAGGAGCUUCGAAGCGUAAAGGAUUUCGUGCAAAAGUUGGAUAGAAUCCAGCUUCCGAAUCAAAUUGCUUCAGCACUUGCGGACCCUCUGGCGCAGAAAUACUUGUUGCUUGUACAGAACAAAUUGGCCACACGGAGGAUGGAGAGCUGGCUGGCGAGCUUUUUUGAAGACGAACUUGAUAUGCUAUCGUCGGGAGAUGCGGAUACUUCCGGGCACCUGGGAUAUGUCCUUGACUUACUCGUCGAUUACGUUCGGUUUACAAAGGAGUUGCCUUGCGCAGUUUUGGAUCUUUUCCGCAGCUAUCUUCCCCUUUGGAAUGGCAAGGAUCAUCAAGCCAGUAUUCUGGCACUUCUGGAGUAUUUGCCGAUCCAGGAAUACGAAUAUCUCCAUCGAAUCUACUUUUCUCAAGUUGAAGCGGCUAUUCUGAACAAUUCAAAUCAGGGAAAGGCUUCACUUCUUUCCUGUUAUACGAACCUUAUCCGCCAUUGGGGUUGUUUAGUCCGCUCAAAUACCAGUCUGUCGGCCGUACCACCUCUCUCUGAGCUUGUAUUGAGAGCUGAACUGCUCUCGUUAGCAUUACUUGAGACCCCAUCCAACUCCCAUGGAAAUGACCAAUCCGCUUCGCUCUCGGCAAGUCUGGACGUGCUCCACUUCUAUAUAGAGCUCGCACAGUUGUUUUCUCAUGCACCGACACAUACCGAUAUCCCAUUAACGAUUCCUCUCCCUCAAACCAUCUAUCUCUUAACCUUUAUUCCGGCUGUUUGCAGUAUAUCCCUUCUGGGAGACAUACUGGCGAGGUAUAAGACUGCCCUCGAGGCUUUAAAUAGCACCUCGCAGUCUAAUCGCGUACCCCAGUCCGAGAUUAUCAAGUUCAACGGAUAUGUUCUUGAUACCUGCAAUCUCCUUUGGAGAAACCGUGCACUCAAUUCUAGCGACCUCAACGCACUGGGAUGCCUUGUUCCCGCAGAGACUGUGACCGCGCUGACAAGAUAUAUUCAAGAAUUGAAUGGCGUUUUAGGCCACAAAAGCAAUGGCCGCUACAAAUCCAAGUUCAAACUAGUCUCCAUGUUUUCCCUGAGCUAUAACCUUGCUCUUUGUCGGAUCUCCGCUGCUUGUGUGAAGAGUCUUGAAGACCAAGCUGAACAGGAUGGCGUAACGUUAUCUGCGAGUCUCCCGCUUCCAGUUACGCAGGACGUCUUGACUCGAUUAGCGAAGGACGGAGGGAUCUCUUUGAGCUGGCAGGAGUACCGGUUAAAGAUGCUUGAUUGGUUGGACAGCCAUGGAAGCAAAGGCAUAGGAUCGUUGAUGAGAAGCGCUAUGAUUAAUUUAAGGCCUAACUAG